AUGCCGCCGGAGCUGCAGAUGUUACACACGAGCACAUCGAUGCAGCACCUGCAGGUGCACCACGCGAUGCACCCGCACGUGCACCACCACGCGCACGUGCAGCAUGGACACGUGCAGCAUAUGCAGCAUGGACACGUGCAGCACGGGCACGUGCCGCACAUGCAGAUGCCGCACGCCGCGACACUGGGUCAGCUGUGCCACAGACACAACACACUGUACCGCGCGCCCUAG